UUUUUUACUAAACAAUUUAAAGAAGAGAGAGAGAGGAAAUGAGCCAUUAGAGCACAACCAUUAACCGAUAUGAGUCUGUCCACUCCACGUUGUCGUUUCUCAAAUUCCGCUUUCUAUGCUCCACGCCUCGUUUGUCUCUCCGGCGUGUCCCAACCACAGAUCAAAGGGACUCAGAAUACAACUAUGCCAGAAACACACAGACUAUCUUGUUUCUCCUCCUCCUCCUUCUUCUUCUUCUUAAGGGGUUUUUCCUAAUUUUCUUGAGAAAAUUGGAGCGAAAAUGACCGUUAUCGACAUUCUCUUCCGAGUGGAUUCCAUAUGCAAUAAGUACGAAAAGUAUGAUAUCGAGAAGCAGCGCGAGCUCAACGGCAAUGGAGCCGAAGAUCCCUUCGCUCGCCUCUAUGCUGCCAUCGAACGCGACAUCGCUGCCGCUUUACUGAAAGCAGAAGUAGCUUUGGUCGAGAAGAAUAGGGCUUCCGCGGCUGCACUGAAUGCUGAAGUUCGUCGGGCCAAGGCUCGGUUGAUAGAGGAGAUUCCUAAGCUUCGGAAAUUGGCUCAGAAGAAGGUUAAAGGGCUGUCAAGAGAAUAUAUAGAAGGUCGUGAUGAUCUAGUUCUUGCACUACUGGGGAGGAUUGAAGAAAUACCUGAUGGGACAAUUAAUGCUGCCAAACAAACUGGGGGUUGGACAACGUCUGGAUCUCAUAAUAAUAUUAAGUUUGACUCCUCAGAUGGAAAUUUAGACAGUGAGUUUUUCCAACAAACUGAAGAAUCAAGCCAAUUUAGGCAGGAGUAUGACAUACGGAAAAUGAAACAGGAUCAAGGGCUUGAUUUUAUAUCGGAAGGACUAGAUACGCUGAAAAAUUUGGCCCAUGACAUGAGUGAGGAACUGGACAACCAAGUGCCAUUAGUCGAUGAAAUAGAUACGAAGGUAGACAAGGCAACAUCUGAUAUUAAGAAUACCAAUGUUAGGCUAAAGCAAACUCUUAACCAGGUGAGGUCUAGUCAUAAUUUCUGUAUUGACAUCAUUCUGCUAUGUAUAAUUCUGGGAAUCGUUUCCUACUUGUACAAUGUGCUGAGAUGAUUCUAUGUUGAACAAUCCUCUACUGCAACUAAUCGUCAUGUUCAUGGUAAUAUUUUCAUCCUUUGAUUUAGAGCUUUCCAUGUAUCAUUUUAAGAUCUUCAGAUUAACAUCUAUAAUCUAAUGUCAUCUUGGGGGGGGGGGGGGGGGGGAGGAAACUAGAUCAGCCAUCUAUAACAUCUCAAGUAAUGUUUCCCUUUUAUAAAGUAUGAUUUGUGGCUGCACAACUGCAACUGAAAUAUUCUUUACAAAAUAAUGUUAUUUUUGUCCUUUCAUAUUGUACAAAAACAAAUCUCAUAUUUAUGACUUAAACAGUCUGUGUUGUACUACUUAAUUGAGCUAUAACUUGUUGGUACUCUUUCCGUUA